AUGGAGGAAUCAGAGAGCACGAAACCCAUCGCUCUCUUACCAAAGGCCAUUGCCGCAGCUUUCGCUCGUGAUCAGCAACGAAACUUGGGUAAAGAGGUCUUUUUGUUGCAGAAUCUGAGCUCUCACUUGAUCAUAGCGGACGUUUCCUUUUACCCUGUUACUUCUCCUCCUGAUCCACUGUUCACGGUGACUGCUCCCUAUAGUCCACCAUCAGGCUUUGAAAGACAGUUCAGGAAGGAACUUCCGGACUUGUACAAGUACUUGAAAGAAGCCAUCGGCAAGGUUAGCUGGAGUGAUGUAACACAUUGGAUGUGGCCUCUAUUUACAGAAGAAUGGGGAUCAUGGCGAUACGAGGAAGGAACUCAACCUAAGAUCCAGUAA